ACCGUGCCCCCAGCAAGCGGAUGUGCGGGGUAACAUGUCCAGCGUGUCCGAGGAGAGGAGGAGAAGGCAGCAGAAUAUCACGGAAGGACUGCAGUUCAUCCAGUCUCCACUGUCAUACCCAGGGACCCAGGAACAAUAUGCGGUGUAUUUGCGUGCUCUUGUGAGAAAUCUUUUUAAUGAAGGAAAUGAUGUUUAUCGGGAACGUGAUUGGACUAGCUCAAUAAGCCAAUAUACAGAAGCCUUGAAUAUAGCUGAUUAUGCAAAGUCUGAAGAAAUUUUAAUCCCUAAAGACAUCAUUGAAAAACUGCAUAUAAAUCGUAUUGCCUGCUAUUCUAAUAUGGGUUUCCACGAGAAGGUUUUGGAAGACUGCAACGCUGUCCUCAGCUUCAAUAGCGGCAACUGCAAGGCUCUGUAUCGCAAGUCCAAGGCCUUAAGUGACUUGGGAAGGUACCGAGAGGCUUAUGACGCGGUGGCCAAGUGCUCCUUAGCAGUGCCUCAGGAUGAACAUGUAAUCAAACUAACACAAGAGCUAGCUCAGAAAUUGGGAUUUAAAAUAAGGAAAGCAUACAUUAGAGCUGAGCUCUCAAUGAAAGCAGUCCCUGGGGAUGAAGUUACUAAGCCCAUGAGCUGUUCCGUGGAGGAUAUCGAGCCAGAUCUAUUGACCCCAAGGCAAGAAGUGCUUCCCGUGGUCUCCCUGCCCGCACCUGCUUUUUCUCACGGCGUUGGAAACGAGCUGGCCUCAGUCCCUAUGAUGCCUUUGACUUCUGUCUUGCCACUGCACGUGGAAGAGAGUGCUCUGCCACCCACGGUGCUGGCCAAUGGAGGAAAGACGCCCUUCUCCGCCUCCGAGGCUUUCCUCGACGACGGAGACAUGGUCCUGGGUGAUGAGCUGGAUGACCUGCUUGAUUCUACGCCCGAGAGCGAGGACGCCAUUAUGCCCUCAGCUCUAGUCCGAGGACCCCUCCAGACAGCCAGUGUCCAGUCCCGGCUGCCCUUCUCUACUCCCUUGCUGGGAACCUUGCCCCUGGGUGCAAGGUGCGCGCCCCUGCCCUCCUUUGCCGAGCUGUACCCACCUCUGACCUCCUCCCUGGAGGACUUUUGCUCAUCUUUCAGUUCAUUUGCAAUGACCGAGCCCAAACCAGAUGUGUCCACCUCAACUACUAGAGAGGGAUCAACGCUUAACAGGAGUAAUUCCUCCCUUUUACUUCUCUUUACAUCUUUUUCAGGCCCUAAGUUAAUGGAUUUCACCUAUCAUGCUACUAUAGAUCAUAAAUGUAAGAAAGAUAUUUUAAUUGGUAGGAUAAAGAAUGUUGAAGAUAAAUCAUGGAAAAAAAUACGUCCAAGACCAACAAAAACAAAUUAUGAAGGACCAUAUUAUAUAUGUAAAGAUGUGGCUGCUGAGGAAGAAUGUCGCUAUUCCGGCCACUGCACAUUUGCUUAUUGCCAGGAAGAGAUAGACAUCUGGACCCUGGAGAGAAAGGGAGCUUUCAGCCGAGAGGCUUUCUUUGGUGGCAAUGGGAAGAUCAAUCUUUCUGUGGGCAAACUUCUCCAAGAGCACCUUGGAGAAUUUAUAUUCCUUUGUGAGAAAUGUUUUGAUCAUAAACCUAGAAUGAUAAGUAAAAGAAAUAAAGAUAAUUCUUCUGCCUGUUCUCACCCUGAUACAAAGCAUGAAUUUGAAGACAAUAAGUGCCUCGUCCACAUUUUGCGAGAGACAACAGUAAAAUAUUCUAAAAUCCGUUCUUUUCAUGGUCAGUGUCAGCUUGACCUGUGUCGCCAUGAGGUUCGCUAUGGUUGCCAGCGGGAAGAUGAGUGCUUCUAUGCCCACAGUUUAGUGGAGCUGAAAGUCUGGACUAUGCAGAGUGAAACAGGUAUUUCACAUGAUGCCAUUGCUCAAGAAUCGAAACAGUAUUGGCAAAAUUUGGAAGCAGUCGGGCCUGGAGCUCAGGUAUUUGGCAAUCAAAUAAUGCCUGGAUCUCUUAAUAUGAAGAUAAAAUUUGUAUGUGCUCAGUGUCUGAGAAAUGGCCAAAUCAUUGAACCAGACAAGAACAGGAAAUACUGUAGUGCAAAAGCCAUGCACUCGUGGACCAAAGAUCGCCGGGCGAUGAGAGUGAUGUCUUUUGAACGUAAGAAGUGGAUGAACAUCCGUCCUCUCCCCACAAAGAAACAAAUGCCUUUACAGUUUGAUCUGUGCAACCACAUUGCUUCUGGGAAAAAGUGUCAGUAUGUUGGGAACUGUUCUUUUGCACAUAGUCUUGAGGAGCGGGAAGUGUGGACCUACAUGAAGGAGAAUGGGAUACAAGAUAUGGAGCAAUUUUAUGAACUGUGGCUCAAGAGUCAAAAAAAUGACAAGAGUGAUGAUGUAGCCAGCCAGUCAAACAAGGAAAAUGGGAAACAAAUCCAUAUGCCAACAGACUAUGCUGAAGUUACUGUGGACUUCCACUGCUGGAUGUGCGGGAAGAACUGUAACAGCGAGAAGCAGUGGCAGGGCCACAUCUCGUCCGAGAAGCACAAGGAGAAGGUCUUCCACACAGAAGACGACCAGUAUUGCUGGCAGCACCGCUUCCCCACAGGCUAUUUUAGUAUUUGUGAGAGGUAUAUGACUGGCACUUGUCCAGAUGGGAGUGGCUGUAAAUUUGCACAUGGAAAUGCUGAACUUCAAGAAUGGGAAGAAAGAAGAAAUGCCCUAAAGAUGAAGCUCAACAAAGCAAGAAAAGAUCACUUAAUUGCCCCAAAUGAUAAUGACUUUGGAAAAUAUAGUUUUUUGUUUAAAGAUUUAAACUAAUAAUGCUGGCUUUUCUGUAACCUAAUCAGAGCACUGACCAGAAAAAAAAUUACAAGUGUUGUAAGGUGCGAGGCAGAGGAGCCGCAGCCUUCCUGCUUUGUGGCGAACCUCGUUCCUCCUCCUCCCGAGCAGCAACCACAGUAGGUAGGAAAACGGGAUGUUUCACAGGUCUGGCCAAGCUCUCACAGAACCGUUGGCAUCAAAUGGUGAAGUGACCGCGCCCUGGUGGCCAUCUGUUGAACGGACUUUUGGAUGAAGUGUGUUGGGAUGAGGAAAAGGUUAUGUCUAGGAUGAUUCUUUGAGUUGGUCCUUCAGAUAAGAACCAUGGCAAGAGAACAGACACUUGUGCUGGGGUCAGAAUACACAAUGGAUGUGAUUCUUUACAUGUUUUAGCAGAAUGAAUUGUUUAAUAAAAGUUUGCUACUUAUCUGUAUGUAGGUUGCUAAAAAGGAUUUUCUUAACUCAGAUUUUAAGCCAAAUAACCAUUUAACAGUAGUAUAUGUUAAAUGGGGGUAUUUUUCUGUAUUUGUAUGUUUCACUACAAUAAGGGAACCAGAAUAAUGUGCAUUGAGAAUAUUUUGAAAAAUAAUCAAUUGACUUAAAUUUUAUUUCUUGGUCUUUUGCUGUUUAAAUGAUGAUUUUGAACGAUUACACUUGUACUGUUGGUAUUGUGUAGUGUAUGGACCAAUAUUGCCUGUAAUAAAAUAUUUUAUAUAUAUGAGA